AAACAUGACUCCACCACCGCCUUGCUGACGUCGCAGCCUUGUUGGAACAGGGUGGCCAUCCAUCAACCAUCCACUACUCCAUCCAUCUGGACCAUCCAGGGUUGCAUGGCACUCAUCAGUGAACAGGACUGUUUGAAAAUUAGUCUUCAUGUAUUUUUCUGCCCAAUGCAGCCGUUUCUGCUUGUGAGCAUUGCUGCUCUCUUGAUCCGAUGCAUGGAUCUGGCAGAAAUCUUCCUCAAUGUACCUUCCUCUGAAUCAGCCACAAAUCUCUUAAUAGUGCGACGAUCACGCUUAAGUUUUCAAGAAAUAUCUAAUGUUUUCAUACCUCGUCCAAGGCAUUGAACUAUUUCACUCUUUUCGGCAGCAGAUAUCCCUUUUCUUCCCCAU